GACAGCUGUCAGAGCACCGACAUGUCGAUUGUGUCCUACCACAUCUCCAACCUGUUGGAGAAAAUGACGUCCACCGACAAAGACUUUAGGUUCAUGGCCACCAAUGACCUGAUGCUGGAGCUGCAGAAAGACAGCAUUAAACUGGACGAGGACAGUGAGAGGAAAGUGGUGACCAUGCUGCUCAAACUGCUGGAGGACAAGAACGGAGAGGUGCAGAACCUGGCUGUGAAAUGCCUGGCCCCUCUGGUGACCAAGGUGAAGGAGCCGCAGGUGGAGAUGAUGGUGGACGUGCUGUGUUCGAACAUGAUGUCAGAGAGGGAGCAGCUGAGGGACAUUUCCAGCAUGGGGCUGAAGACCGUGAUCGCAGAGCUGCCGCGGUCUUCAGCAGGUUUGACUCUGACAGCCGGUGUGUGUAGGAAGAUUACUGCCCAGCUGAUCACGGCCAUGGGGAAACAGGAAGAUGUGUCAGUGCAGUUAGAGGCUCUGGACAUCCUGUCGGACAUGUUGGGAAGGCUGAGUGGAGCGCUGGUCAGUUUCCACAGCUCCCUGCUCUCCAGUCUGCUGCCUCAGCUAACCAGCCCCAGAAUGGCUGUCAGGAAGCGCUCCAUCUUAGCUCUCGGUCACCUGGUGCCCUGCUGUAGCCCCGCCAUCUUCUCCCAGCUGACUGAACACCUGAUGACAGAGCUGGCCAAGGGCCCUCCCACGUCGAUGACCAGGACGUACAUCCAGUGCCUAGCCACGAUUAGCCAGCAGGGCGGCCAUCGUGUUGGAGAACAUUUAGAGAAGCUGAUCCCCAUGGUGGUGAAGUUCACUAGUGUGGAGGACGAUGAGCUGAGAGAAUAUAGUUUCCAGGCUUUUGAAGCCUUUAUACGCAGAUGUCCAAAGGAGAUGUCGCCCCACGUCGCCACGGUGACUCAGCUUUGUCUUAAGUUUAUGACCUUUGACCCCAACUACAACUAUGAUGAUGAGGAGGAGGAGGAAGAGGAAGAGGAGGAAGAUAGAAUGGACGUUGAGGAGGGGAUUGAUGAAGAAUCAGACGACGAGUACAGUGAUGAUGACGAUAUGAGCUGGAAGGUGCGACGCUCCUCCAUCAAGUGCCUGGAGGCGCUGAUCAGCACACGGCGAGACCUCCUCCUCUCCUUCUACUCCUCCAUCUGCCCCGCUCUGCUCGCCAGAUUCAAGGAGCGCGAGGAGAACGUCAGGGCGGACGUCUUUGCUGCUUUUUCAACGCUGCUGAGGCAAACACGCGUGGGGUCGAGUCACCACGGCCUCAUCACGGCUGGGUCAGACUCAGCAGCGAGCAGAGAGGAGGAGCCGGCAGUCGCCAUGCUGAAGAAGCAGGUGCCGGUGAUAGUGAAGGCUCUCCACAGACAGCUGAAGGAGAAGAGCAUCAGGUCUCGACAGGGCUGCUUCAGCCUCCUCACUGAACUGGCUCACACUGUGCCUGGAGCCUUGGAGCAGCAUAUACCUGCUCUCAUACCUGGAAUAGUCUUCUCCCUGACAGAUAAGUCCACCUCCUCCACCUUGAGGAUCGAUUCUCUCUCCUUCUUCCACGUCCUCCUCCUCUCCCACCCUCCUCAAGCCUUUCAACCACACAUGCAGGUGCUGCUGCCUCCGGUGGUGGCCUGUGUCGAAGACUCUUUCUACAAGAUCACCUCGGAGGCUCUGCUGGUCACGCAGCAGCUGGUCAGAGUGAUGAGGCCACAGGGACAGGGCGCCACAGUGGGAGGAUUCGACCCCAGACCGUUUGUCAGAGAGGUGUUUUCUGUAACAAUGAAGAGGCUGAAGGCAACAGACAUCGACCAGGAAGUGAAAGAGAGGGCCAUUUCCUGUAUGGGUCACCUGGUGUGUCACCUUGGCGACCACCUGGGGGCGGAGCUGCAAGGCAUUUUGGCAAUCUUUCUGGACAGGUUAAAGAAUGAGAUUACGAGACUGACGGCAGUGAGGACCAUCACCCUGGUCGCUGCAUCUCCAGUGAAGACUGACCUGUCAUCCAUCCUGUCUGAAGCUCUGUCUGUGCUGGGGUCUUUCUUGAGAAAGAACCAGCGGGUUCUGAAGCUCAGCACGCUGGCGUGUCUGACAGCGCUGGUCACACAUCACACUGCUGGCAUCAAACCUUCAGCUCUGGAGCCUGUGCUGGGUGAAGUCCCUUCUUUGGUGGAUGAGAGUGACAUGCAGCUGCCAGCAUCAAACUGGCAGCCCUGGAGCCUGUGCUGGAUCAAACCUUUCUUCUCCAGUCCCCUCUGUCCGCCGCCGGCUCCGCCUCCCCCGGCCGGCCCUUGA